CACUCGGGAAGUUUUCGGUGAGCGGAGAGCGGAGCUGGGAGCCGGGAUCUGAGGCCGGGAUGUGGCACCGCCGCGGCUCUGUUACUGAGGAAGGUGUCUGAGCACGGGAGCUGUCAAUAAUACAGCCACUCACGGAUGGCAGCGUUUCCUGAAGUACGAGGUCUACCCACCGAUGAGGACGGAUCUCGGAUUCUACGAGUGAAGAUUUUAGCUGGAAUUGGCCUGGCGAAGAAGGAUAUUUUGGGAGCCAGUGAUCCGUAUGCUAAAGUGACUCUGUACGAUCCAGUAAAAGGAGAACUCAACAGUCUCCAAACCAAAACCAUAAAGAAGACUUUAGAUCCCAAGUGGAAUGAAGAAUUUUAUUUCAGAGUUCAGCCAAGACAGCAUCGGAUUCUCUUUGAAGUGUUUGAUGAAAACCGCUUGACCAGGGAUGAUUUUCUGGGCCUGGUGCAUAUUCCUCUUCAUCAUAUCCCGACUGAAAAUCCAAACUUAGACAGACCUUAUACGUUCAAGGAUUUUAUUCUUCGUCCUAGAAGCCAUAAAUCCAGGGUUAAAGGUCAUCUUCGAUUAAAGAUGACUUAUCUGCCUAAAAGUAAUGUCUCUGAGGAUGAUGUUACAGAGCAAACUGAUGAAAUGGAGCCUGGCUGGGAAAUUCUGGACCAACAGGAGGUGACUGUCCAUAAUCAACCACCACCUGCAUUGCCCAGUGGCUGGGAAGAGAAGCAGGAUAAUCUGGGAAGAACUUAUUAUGUCAAUCAUGAAACAAGAACAACACAGUGGAUUCGACCAAGUUCCCAAGAUUAUGCAUCCGACACGAAUCAUUGUCGAACUAAUAUCCAGCUGGAGGCACAGCGUAUAUAUAGUACACGCAGACAGAUUUCAGAAGAAACAGACACUCCUGAAAAUAGAGAUUCUCCAGAUGGCUGGGAAUUGAUUACUGAAGACGAAACUGCAUUUAACAGCUGCAAUCCCCAUUCACCCCCACCACCUCAUACACCUAUUGGACAAAAUUCAACCUUAGACUUGCAAAGUCAACUUGCAGAAGAACUUAAUCGGCGAUUUCAGGCGUCUGGGUGUACAGCUGUGGACCAUCGUAGUACCAGCUCGAGUCAUUCCAGUAGACGUGGGAGUUCACAGACUGCUCUGGAGGAACAGCCCGUGUUGCCUGUUAUUUUACCUACUUCAGUUGGGUUACCACCAGGCUGGGAAGAAAAGAAAGAUGACAAAGGAAGAACUUACUACGUCAACCACAAUAACAGAACCACCAGUUGGACAAGACCUGUUAUGCAGACCACCAGGGAAGCAGUGCAGCCAAAACCCAGUCGAAACCCCAGUGUUUACGUUCCUCACUCAGCGUCCCCUCAGGAUUCUCCAGAAAACUCUCCAGGCCAUCAACGAAAAAACGAGGUGGGCUUUCUGCCUCCUGGAUGGGAAAUCCGAUCUGGUGCCAAUGGUAGACCAUUCUUCAUUGAUCAUAACGCUAAAACUACAACGUGGGAGGACCCAAGAUUGAAGAUUCCCGUUCAUAUGAGGCAACGACCACCAUUAGAUCCUUCAGAUCUUGGACCACUUCCUCCUGGUUGGGAGGAACGUGUCCACUCCGACGGUCGAGUUUUCUACAUAGACCACAAUACCAAAGCUACCCAGUGGGAGGACCCUCGUUUCCAGAAUGUAGCCAUUACUGGGCCUGCUGUGCCUUACUCAAGAGACUACAAACAGAAGUAUGAUUACUUCAGGAAAAAGCUGCGGAAGCCGACUGAUGGUCCAAAUCGAUUUGAAAUGAAGUUACGUCGGAACACAAUCUUGGAAGACUCUUACAGGAAAAUAAUGUCUGUAAAGAGAGUAGAAUUCCUCAAAGCCAGACUCUGGAUUGAGUUUGAUUCUGAGAAAGGAUUGGAUUAUGGUGGUGUUGCCAGGGAAUGGUUUUUCCUGCUUUCCAAGGAGAUGUUCAAUCCAUAUUAUGGGUUGUUUGAAUAUUCUGCCACGGACAAUUACACUUUACAGAUAAACCCAAAUUCUGGACUAUGCAAUGAGGAGCAUGUAUCUUACUUCAAGUUCAUAGGUCGCGUAGCUGGGAUGGCAGUGUUUCAUGGGAAAUUGUUAGACGGAUUCUUUAUCAGACCUUUGUACAAGAUGAUGCUUCAGAAGCCAAUAACACUGCAAGAUAUGGAGUCAGUGGACAGCGAGUAUUACAAUUCACUGAUGUGGAUUCUUGAAAAUGAUCCGACUGAUUUGGAUCUUCGAUUCGUGGUUGAUGAAGAGCUAUUUGGUCAGACCCAACAACAUGAGCUGAAACCUAAUGGAUCAGAAAUUUUGGUUACAAACAAAAACAAGAAGGAGUACAUUCACCUUGUGAUGCAGUGGAGGUUUGUCAAUCGAAUCCAGGAGCAAAUGAAUGCUUUUAAAGAGGGAUUCUUUGAACUGAUUCCACAAGAUCUGAUAAGGAUAUUUGAUGAGAACGAAUUGGAGCUUUUGAUGUGUGGACUUGGAGAUGUGGAUGUGAAUGACUGGAAGGAGAACACCAAGUACAAAAAUGGCUACAAUGCAAACCAUCCUGUCAUCCAGUGGUUUUGGAAGGCUGUGCUGUUGAUGGAUUCAGAGAAGCGCAUUAGAUUGCUGCAGUUUGUGACUGGCACCUCACGAGUGCCCAUGAAUGGAUUUGCUGAACUGUAUGGAUCAAAUGGACCACAGUUAUUUACCAUUGAGCAGUGGGGAACUCCUGAGAAAUUACCAAGAGCUCAUACAUGUUUCAAUCGCCUGGAUCUGCCACCUUAUGAAUCAUUUGAGGAAUUACGAGAGAAGCUUCACCUGGCGAUAGAAAACACUGAGGGUUUUGACGGUGUGGACUGAGUGACCACAGCUGUCGGUAUAGGUUGGUCACAUCAUACAACAAAUGGACUGGAAUGUGAAGCUAAUUAACCAGCACUGGAAUUGCCAGGUUAAUUCAUGUAUGUAGGAAAAGAUGUCUUUUUAUUAAACUAAUAAAUAACAAACAGAUUAAGUGUUUACUAAGCAUUGACAUCACUUUCCUGAACUUUUGUCUUGGAAAUUAUGAUUUUUUUUGUUAACUGUUGAAUGAUGCUUUGACAGACUUGUGAGGAUAUGAUAGUCCAAAUCACUGUAGUGUCUGGCACUUGAUGAUGUUCAGGAUUAAUUCUGUACAGCACUCAUUAAGAUUCAAUAACCUAUGUUAGUGUCAAUUACUCCCCUACAGUUAAAUGUACCUUUUCCCCAGUCUUCGUUACUAUGGUUGCAGUGUUUAGUAAUUACAAUUUGGUCACUGUGGUGCCAAAUGUGAUUUGGUACCUCAUAGCUUUAGUUAACACAUGUAGCAUUAAUGUUAAGUUUGCCCAGUGAUAAUUUUGUGUAAGUUGAAAGUUGCUGACCUUUAGUCACACAGCUGCAAAAACAGCUGAAACCUUAACUCUCCAAAUAAAUGGGCAAAUUACUGUGAAUACUAAAGGUAAACCUCAGUCUGAAAGGAGGUUGGAUAGUUGAAGCUCUGGUGCCAAAUUUAGGUUUUGGUGUGUAAUUUGAUCAGACACUACAUGGAUUUGGUUGAACUCUGUUUAUUUCUGAAACCUGUUUUGAUCCUUCUGAUAGUACCUUCAGAAAAUGUGAUUAUGAUUAAUAUGAGUAUAAUUAUUGAUGCUUUCUAAAACAAUCUUGUAUUUUCCACUUGACCAUUAAUCUUCCUUUCUGAGGAUUCCAGAUGCUGUACUUAAUACUUAACAGAUGUUGCUUGCAGAGCGUCUGCUUGCAAGCUUACUUAAUUCUGGUGGCUCGUCUCUAUUGGUAUGCAGAGGAAGGAAGCUGAAGAUUUGCUGGUGUGCUAUGUUUACUCAGUGGAACAUACUCAACACUUCUCUAAAUUUCCCCCUCUUACUGUUUUACAAAUUUCAGUGAAGGGCUGUUUUAGGACUCCAAGUUGAAAUCUCUAAAUUGUUCGAUGCAUGAAAGUGGUGUUCUGUGCUGCUUUUAAACAGUGCAGAUUACAGCCGGUAAAUUGGACUUUGUCGAUAAAGGCAACCUGUGUUUAUGCUGAAACAAAAUAUGCUUGAAAUCGAAAAAGCAUGAAGCAUAAUCCCUGUGAAUGAAAAGACAAAUCAAGUCUUCACUUUUAGAAAAGCAAGUACUGAUGUAUAGUGGUGUACAGAUCCAUUGCCUGGACUUGAAUUUUUUUACAUGGAUUAAUGUGUCUAAAUCAGGCUGAUUACAGGGUAGAGUAUUGAUGUUGGCAAUCAGAAUUCUUGAGGAAUGCUGGUUUCACCACUGAUAUCAUGACAAAGAUGUUGUUUCUGCCAUUUCAGGAUGCAGGAAAUUUAAUUGAAUAGUUUAACAACUUGUCUUAAAUGUGGACUUUAUGGAAGAGAUUUCUUCAUCAGGUAUAACCAAUGACUAUUAAAGCUACCCUUCUUAAUUAUAAUUUUUGAGUAUAAGACAUUUAUUAUAGGAUGUGUGUAUAUAUUACAAACCAUAGUGAUUCCGGAUUGUACAUCUAACAUAAAUUAUAUUUAUGUUCUGCACAAUAUAUAUUCACUUACGAUUUGUAAAUAUCUUAUGGAAAUAAUACACUAACUUUUAUAGUUGUAUUAAAAAGAUGAUGCAUGCAUUAUUAUCUUUCGUAUUUAAGGUUGGAAUUUAGAGUAGAAUUUGAAACAAGAAAGAAGAGUUGAUGGAAAUAAUUUUGUAAAUACAUUGUGUACUUACGAAGAAAUGAAUUCAGUUGGAAAUGGAUUUUGUGCACAACACUGUGGAAGUUGAUGUAUGAAGUCUAUUUAUAAUAAAACACUUUUAAAUUCU